AUGAAGGCGGUAAUUUUUCCGGCUCUGUUGAGCAUCCUUGCCUGCGUGGAAGCGUCCAUCACCUGUCUCAAGGUUGGCGCAACUGCAACUGCGACGUGGACCAACAGCGCGGGCAAGACAUGCACGUUCACGGGCGUCGUUGGAAGUAAUUACGGCAGCAAUUCCGCCGGUUCGGGGGAUUAUAGCUGCAAUGGCCGAUGCGGCGCCGGCUGCACCGGCACUGCUGUUGGUAAUGCGUACACGCAGGAUUGUUUCUCUCACGACAUCUGUUCGUAUUUCGAGAAUGCCAGCGGUGGAGCGAGCGACCCCAACUGCGGAGACGCAUACGAUGCGGCAGUGGAUGACACUCUUUUCGGUGUGACUUCAGGAUGCGGACAAACAAACCCAUCAAGCGCCAUUUCGAAGCCCACGGCCAGUCCGGUGUGUUCGAAGGUGCCAAGCGUAAGCUCGGCUGGCAAAUGCCAGGAACACGUCAAGGAUCCGUGUAACGAGGAAAAUAAAACCCCACAUCUGCGCAAUCUACAAGAUUUCUUCUUUCCACCCUUCUUCCUGCUCGGACCUCCCAAGAUGCGGUUCCACGCGACCAUUGCGGCCCUCCUGGCCCUCGCCAAUGCCGCGCUCAGCACCACCGUAGUCCCACCCAGCAAAUGGGACUAUCCCUACCCAUGGCCCAUCCACUACCACAACGUCACCACCCAACAACAGUACCUCUCCAUGGCCUACAUGGACGUCGCGCCCACCAACACCACCACCCCCACCACCAACCAAACCAUCGUCCUCCUCCACGGCAAAAACUUCUGCGGCGCCACCUGGGCCCAAACCGCGCGCGUCCUCUCUUCCGCCGGCUGGCGCGUUAUCAUCCCCGACCAAAUCGGCUUCUGCAAAUCCUCCAAGCCGCCGUCCUACCAGUACUCCCUGCAGCAACUCGCCAGCAACACGCACUCCCUCCUCUCCGCCCUCGGCCUCCCCUCCGCCACCAUCCUCGGCCACUCCAUGGGCGGCAUGCUCGCCACGCGCUACGCCCUCAUGUUCCCCACCGCCACGCGCUCCCUCAUCCUCACCAACCCGCUCGGGCUGGAGGACUGGCAGGCGCUCGGCGUGCCGUGGCGCAGCAUCGACCUGCUGUUCGACGUGGAGCUGGCGACGAACUACAGCUCCAUCCGCGCGUACCAGCAGGCGACGUACUACCCGGACGCGCCGUGGACGGAGGCGUACGACCAGUGGGUGCGGAUGCUGGUGUCGCUGUACGCGGUGCCGGAGGAAGGCAGGACGUAUGCGUGGGACAUGGCGCUGACGACGGAUAUGGUGCUGACGCACCCCAUCGCGCACGAGUUCGGCUUGUUGCGCAUGCCGACGCUGUUGUUGAUUGGGCAGAGGGAUAAUACGGCCAUCGGCAAGCAGUGGAGUCCGCCUGAGGUGCAGGAGAAGCUGGGGCAUUAUGAUGUGCUGGGCAAGGAGACGGCAGAGAAGAUUCCGGAUGCGACGUUGGUCGAGUUUGAGGGGCUUGGGCAUAGUCCGCAGGUGCAGGAUCCGGAGGCGUAUCAUGAGGCGCUUUUGGGGUGGUUGGGGGCGUGA